AUGAAAAGUGCCGUGCGACUGUACGCCGCAGUGCGCAACGGCGAGCCAGGGAUUCGGCCUGAUUUGUAUGAAUCAGCAUCAAAUGAUAUUGAAAGCAUUACUUAUUACAGGUACUGUAUAAGCCUCUCGGUCCCCAUUAUGUCCAUAAGUUGGGGACUUGCUUAUAAGACAUAUGAAAGGACAUUGGUGUUUAAAUUUCAUCCUUUGACUGAGAAGGUGCCAGAAAUACAGAAGUUCAUAAAGGAUAUUAGAAGGAAUUAUACCAGGAAAACCAAUAGCUUUAGAAUAGUCAUGAAGGUGAAGAUUAAAUCCUGGACGGGAGUGGCUACAUGGCGCUGGGUGGCUAAUGAUGACAGUUGUGGCAUUUGUAGGAUGCCCUUUGAUGGAUGCUGCUCAGAUUGUAGAUUGCCAGGUGAUGACUGCCCACUAGUGUGGGGCCAGUGCUCUCACUGUUUCCAUAUUCACUGCAUUAUGAAGUGGCUUCAAUCUCAACAGCUUCACCAGCAGUGUCCAAUGUGUCGGCAAGAGUGGAAAUUUAAAGAAUAA